AUGACACCUAUCCUAAAACGUAGAAAGGACAAGGAGAAACUAGCCAGCUAUCCCCAUAUACUUCUCACCAGCACAAUGGGAAAGACAAUGGAAAGCAUCAUAAACCAGCACAUAAAGUGGAACUUGGAAGCUAAUAAUAUCUUGGCCCACCAAAAGGCUGGCUUCAGGUCAUUCCGGUCAACAGAGGAUCAAACAACAUAUGUUGCACAAGAAAUCGAAAAUGCCUUUCAGGAAAAAAAGGUUACUCUAGUAACAUGGGUAGACCUUCAGAGAGCAUUUUACAAGGUAUGGGUGGAUGAUACUCUGGUGAAACUACAGAGAAAUGGUGUUGGAGGCACCAUAUACAGAUCGAUGAAGUCCUAUCUCUUCAACCGAAGGACAAGAGUUAACCUUGAUGGAACCUCUUGUACUCUCUCCUACUCUCUUUCUUCUCUUUCUUCUCUUUCUCAACGAUCUGUUGGCUGA